UAAAGCUGUACAUCUAUUUUCGUCCUGUUGAUGUUUGAAGACAUUUUGAUCACUUCGUUCAGUCAUUUGAGCAAAUGUUCAACAUGAAGCGCAUUUCCGUGCAGCGGUGUUGAACAGAGCUGAGAGCAGUCGGUCCAGUGCGUUUAGGCUCCGCGGCUCUCGCGGUUCUCGCGGAGACACAGCGGCUCUCUCUGAGGCUCUCGCUCGGUCCCGUCUGUCGGAUGUUUUUGGAGCUGAACAGGAGACGAUGAACUCGGCGGAGCAGACUGUGACCUGGCUCAUUUCUCUGGGAGUCCUGGACUCGCCCAAAAAGCGCGUGUCGGACCCCGAGGCUUUCCUCCAGAGUGCGGUGCGGGACGGAGCGGUGCUGUGCCGGCUGCUGGAGCGACUGAGACCCGGGAGCGUGGACAAGUUUUUCCCGGAGCCGCGCACGGAGGCGGAGAGCCAGCGGAACAUCGCAGAAUUCGUGCAGGACUGCGGGGGCUUUGGUGUGGAGCCGUUCGAGCCUAGUGACCUCCUGCUCAACUUUCCCAGAGUCCUCAACUGUUUGGUCACUCUCAACAAGGCCACAGAAGACCCGGGAACGGCCGACGAUGUGUGUGUCCCACGAUCGUCUGCUCUGAGAAUCAAGUCUUUUGACUCCAUCAACACCCAAACCAGAUCAUCCAAACUACUGCAGCCACAAUACCGCAGCCUGGACAUGUCGGAGAGCAGUGGGCGGGGCCAGCUGCUUGUUAAGGCCCGGUUCCCGUUCGAACAGACCAAUGAGGAUGAGCUGUCGUUCUUGAAGGGUGACAUCAUCAUCGUGAGCCGGCAGGAGGAGGGCGGCUGGUGGGAGGGGUCUCUGAACGGCAGGACCGGGUGGUUCCCCAGUAACUACGUCAGGGAGCUCAAAGGAGAUAAAUCUUCAGAUAAACAGAAAUCGUCAGCUCUGAAAAGUCCCAAAGGAUUCGACACCAGCAUCAUCAGUAAAACCUACUACAAUGUGGUCCUACAGAACAUCCUGGAGGCAGAGACUGAAUUCUCCAGAGAACUACAGAGUCUACUGGGCACAUAUCUGCGCUCACUACAUCCCACUGACAGACUGAGCAGCUGUGACAUCAGCCACAUUCAGGGAAACCUGGAGGAGAUCUGCACCUUUCAGCAGAUGCUGGUGCAGAGUCUGGACCAACACACCAAACUCCCAGAGGCUCAGCAGAGGAUCGGGGGCUUCUUCCUGGAUCUCAUGCCCCAAAUGAAGUCUCUUUAUAUGGGAUACUGCUCCAACCACCCCAACGCGGUGCACGUACUCACCCAACACAGUGAGGAGUUGGGGUCGUACAUGGAGUCGAAAGGAGCCUUGAGUCCUGGAGUCUUGGCUCUGACCACGAGUCUAAGCCGAGCCUUCACCAGACUGGACCGAUACCCUACCCUCCUGAAGGAACUGGACCGGCACAUGGAGGACCAGCAUCCAGACAAGGCAGACCUGCAGACUGCUAUGGCGGCUUUUAAAAACCUGGCAGCUCAGUGUUUGGAAGUGAGAAAGAGGAAGGAGCUUGAGCUGCAGAUCCUCAGCGAGCCAAUCAGAAACUGGGAAGGCGAUGACAUCACCACCCUGGGCCCAGUGCUGCACAUGUCCACGGCAAUGGUGCACAACGGCCAGGAGUGGGAGGAGCGAUACAUGGUGCUGUUUUCUCAUACUCUGCUCAUGCUCUCAGCGUCUCUGCGCAUGAGCGGCUUCAUCUAUCAGGGUCGAGUGCCGUUGUUGGGGAUGCUGAUCUCCAGGAUAGAAGACGGAGAAAACAUGAGGAAUGCCUUUGAGAUAACAGGCAGUUCUGGUGAGCGGCUGCAGGUGGCACUAUCCUCUCCUCCUCUCUUACAGCAGUGGUUGGACCUCCUGACCACACAUACUCAUGCUCCUCCAGCUCAGAGCCACGCGGGGAAACACUGCUACACUCUACCCUCUCUCCCGGCCACUCCCUCUCGACUCUCAGACUUACGGUCUGGAAACGGGCUCCAGGGUUCCCACACUCUGCCCCAGGCCUUCUCCUUCAGCCUUCCCCAAGGAGGAGGCACCGUGUGGGGGCCGCUUGAACCUCCACACACCCCUAAACCCUGGAGCCUCAGCUGCCUCAGACCCGCCCCUCCGCUGAGACCGGCCGCGGCACUCUGCUUUAAAGAGGACAUGAGCAAAAGUCCCAAAAACAUGAAGAAACUUUUGCCCAAACGUAAACCAGAGAGGAAACCAUCAGAAGAGGAUUUCAGCACCAGGAAAAGCACUGCUGCUUUAGAAGAAGAUGCUCAGAUUCUUAAAGUGAUAGAAGCUUAUUGCACCAGCGCCAAAACCAGACAGACUCUCAACUCCACGUGGCAGGGCACUGACCUCAUGCACAACCACAUCCUGGUUGACUCCAGUGCUGCUAAUCUGCCCGGCAACCCAUCCGACCAAUCAGAGGACUCGGAUUACGACAGCGCGUGGACUAUGCACAGUUACCGGACAGGAUCCUUCUCUCGGUCAAACAGGAAAGACGUGCACAUGUUGUUCCCAGAGGAGGAGAAGAUCAUCGUGGAGGAGACGAGGAGUAAUGGACAGACUGUGGUGGAGGAGAGGAGUUUGGUGGACACUGUGUACAGCCUGAAGGACGAGGUGCAGGAGCUCAAACAGGACAAUAAAAGAAUGAAGCGGACUUUGGAGGAGGAGCAGAGAGCAAGGAAAGACCUGGAGAGAGCCGUCAGAAGAAUCCUCCAGAACAUGAACGAUCCAACGUGGGACGAGACGAACUUAUGAACCACCUUCAAAUACAUCUCCUGUAAGAGGUGCACAUGGCCCACUAGGCUCACGUUUUACUCCAGAUGCCCUCCCAGGAGCAGCCCUCCCCACAUUG